CAAAUCGAACAAGAAUUAUUGGAACCCAAAACAACAAAACAUAAAUUUGCAGGCCAAAUACAGAAAUUCAGGAGAAAAAGCUUAUCCUUUUUGUUGCUCCCUGGUCUGGAGUGAUUGACUUUCAAAUUUCAACAAAAACCCAAAAAAAAAAUUUCAUCCGACCAUGGCUGCGUUUAUGCUCUUUUACUUAUUGCUGCCAACUAUUUUGGGCAAGUCUUGGGCUUCGGAAACUAGUGAGACAGAGCUCGAGUUGCUGACUCGGGAGCUCUUGGCAUCGGCGAAGGAGGCCGAGUUCUUUGAGUGGAUGAGGGGAGUGAGGAGGAGAAUCCACCAGUACCCAGAGAUUGGGUUCGAAGAGCACAGGACGAGUCAACUCAUCAGGACCGAGCUCGACACCCUAGGAAUUGAGUACACGUGGCCUGUUGCCAAGACUGGUGUGGUGGCUUCCGUUGGUUCUGGCUCCAAACCAGUGUUUGCUCUCAGGGCUGACAUGGACGCUCUCCCUCUUCAGGAACAAGUAGAGUGGGAGUUCAAGAGCAAGAUAGAUGGCAAAAUGCACGCAUGUGGGCACGAUUCUCAUGUGGCAAUGUUGCUUGGCGCAGCCAAGUUACUCCAAAGUAAAAGAGACAUUCUAAAGGGAACUGUGAAGCUGGUUUUUCAGCCGGGAGAAGAGGGUUAUGCCGGAGCUUACCAUAUGUUACAACAUGGCAUUCUUAACGAUAUUGAUGCCAUCUUCUUCAUACAUGUUAUGCCAUCACUGCCAACGGGUGUCAUUGCUUCACGGCCAGGUCCAAUGCUAGCCGGCGCUGGCCUUUUUUCAGCAACAAUCAAAGGAAAAGGUGGGCAUGCAGCUGCUCCACAUAAGAGUAAGGACUCGAUUCUUGCAGCAGCAUCAGCUGUUGUGGCUCUUCAGCAGAUUGUUUCAAGAGAGAUAAAUCCUCUUGAGGCCGGGGUGGUGACAGUUGGGUACUUAAAGGGAGGUGAAGCAGGAAAUGUGAUCCCCGAGUCUGUGAACUUUGGGGGAACUUUCAGGAGCUUGACAAUGGAAGGACUCAGCCAUAUCCAAGAAAGGAUCAAAGAGGUCAUAGAACUGCAAGCAGCCGUGCAUCGCUGUGAGGGUACAGUGGACUUCAUGGAGGAAACACCGCUGCCUUAUCCAGUGAUGAUUAACAACGAAGCAUUGUAUGAGCACGCAAAGAAGGUUGGUGAGGUUCUACUCGGGGAAUCUAAUGUGGAGCUUCAACCAUUGAUCAUGGGAGCAGAGGAUUUCAGCUUCUACUCACAUAAGUUUGCGGCUGCAAUUUUCGUUCUCGGGAUAAAGAAUGAGAGUCUAAAAUCAGACCAGCCAUUGCACUCGUCUCUAUUUGUCAUAGACGAACAGGCUUUUUCUGUUGGAGCAGCUCUCAAUGCUGCUGUUGCAAUAUCUUACAUGGAUACACAUGAUGUUGGGAACUCAUUAAAAAUUUGAAAUGCUUCCUUCAAAGUUCUGCAAUGUAAAUUUUUGGAUGCAGAAACAAAAAAGAACUCGAGUAUGCCAGAAGAAUUUCAGUGUACAUUGAUUGCUAAUGGAUUUGCACCUCACCCUCAAGUCUUGUACAUCAAUAACUUAUUUAUUUUGUUACUGUUGGAGUAAAUAUGUUUUUAUUUAAA